GGAGCCGCUCUCACCUGGCCACCCUUUGACUGUUCCGCUCGGAGUUCGCCUGCUUUUCGGACGAGACCCGGAGGACAGGAUGGCUUCUCAGGAGACCUCGAACGACCUGGGAUGCAGUUCGUCCGAGGAGGACAGUAACCGUGCAGACGUGAUAGAGAGCGCCGCGGAGGAGAAGAUGUCUCCGGUGGCGGUGGUGCGGCGGCAUCAUCAUCCGUUCAGCGUGGAGGCGCUCAUGUCCGGGAGGAAGACGGACGGUCGCGGCGGAGAGUCCGUCCGCCGCGACCUAGACGGAGGCUCGCUGGCGGCGUCCCCAACAGGUUUGAACUCCCUGUAUCUGUAUCGAGAGACGUGCAGUCCUCCCGGGGGACGCCAGAAGAGCUUAACGGCUGUGCCUUCGUCGCCGGUCAAAUCCGAGGCAUCAGAGUCGGAGGACUGCGCACCCUGGAUCACCAGCAGCGCGUUUUCCACACAGCCUCGUCACGUCGGUCCUGGCUGUCCGUUGAGGAAGCACAAGACCAACAGAAAGCCCCGCACUCCCUUCACCACAUCUCAGCUCCUGGCCCUGGAGAGGAAGUUCAGGCAGAAGCAGUACCUGUCCAUCGCCGAGCGGGCCGAGUUCUCCUCCUCCCUGACCCUGACAGAGACCCAAGUUAAGAUCUGGUUCCAGAACCGCCGGGCAAAAGCCAAGAGGCUCCAGGAGGCCGAGCUGGAGAAACUGAAGAUGGCUGCAGACGCUAAGACAGCGGCGGUGGCGGCCGCAGCAGCUGGAGGUUUACACCCUGGCUUUACGUUACCGCUGUCGCUGGGCGCCAUGUCACUGUAUGGACAAUCGUUCUCUGCCUAUCACCACCACCACAGACCCAUGAUGCCCAUUUCCCCUAUAGGACUGUACGCUGCGCCUCUGGGCUACAGCAUGUACCACUUUUCAUGAAUGGAAAUGCAACAAUGGAAAUAUCACUGACUAUAGUGAAAUGUGCCCCCAAGGAUUCCCAAAAAUGGACAUGGAAGACGUGUGGCUGAUAUUGAAUAAAUAUAUGUUUUUAAUAUAUCUUCUGCACAAGGAGGGUUUGAAUCGACUUUCUAAGCACUUCAAGUCAAAUACAAAAUCUAUUUUUUUCCCCACAGCAAGGAUAAAUAAAACUUACUGUAGAUGCCCUCUUGCCCCUCGGAUUGCCUGUUUACAAUCAUUUUCUGAAAUGAGGAGGGGCGUUACGGUCCAGCUGUUUAUGCUCUUCACUUGUUUACUUUUGCAAUAAUUGAGCUGGGCGAGGACUUGCACUGGGCACAAUAAUACAAAGUACAACUUUUCACUCAAGCCUUUCUCUUCAUUCGAUGCAGUGCCUUGUGUGUCGAAAAGGGCCUUAAUUAAUAUUAAGACACUUUGUACAUGUGUGUGGAUGAUGAGUGUUUCAGCAGCUCAGGCCAAAUAAAACAUGUCACUGAAGCAUUCUUUUAAUUUCCACUCUACAAAAGUGUCUGCUUUUCAAUAACUGCUCUCCUUUUCAAUUUCAAAGACCGACCAAUUCAGGUGUGUGUGUGUGUGUGUGUGUGUGCGCGUGCGUGCGCGUGCGCUCAAAGACAGGGAGGUUUAACCCUCAAAUUAUCCAUCACAAUGACAAUUUAUACUAACUUCUUCAUCUUUUAUCUCUUGCAGCAAUAAAUAAUAAUCUUUUUGAACUAUAGUUAUGCUGGAAAUGUAUGAAUGCCUCAAGUUUUCUAUUUAUGUGAGAAUAUGGUACAAAAGGUCUUUCCAAAAGUGUAUUUAUAUUUUUCUUCCGGAAUGUCCCUUUGAAAGGUACGUACAUUAUGCUAUGCAGUUUAUAUAUAAUUUUUUUUCCACCAAUGUGUUAUCAUUUAAAUGAACAAAACAA